AGUAGUUGGCGCUUGCUUCUGAUGUGCGGACGUACUUGUAAUUUUAAAUGUUGGAAAAUGAUCGGUAGUGCCGCGACAAUUACAUUGUAAUCGUAACAUCUGAAUAAAAUACACAUCAAAAUGUCAUUAGUAAAUAUUCGAGACGACACGAAAUAUUUGUUGUUAUGACAUUGAGCAUCGUGGAUGAACCUGUUCGGAUAGACUUAAUACAGUGAUUAAAAUAAAUGGGUCGCAAAAAGAGAAGCGAGGGCUCGCUGUGGUGCUCGGGCAAGUGCAUGCACGGCGGGCGCUGCGUGGCGGUGCAGGGCGGCGCGGGCGCGGGCGCGUGCGCGUGCGCGGGCGCGUGGGGCGGGCCCGCGUGCGCCGCGUACGUCGGCCACGACCACGCCUGCCUCGCGCUCGCCUGCCCGCCGCCCGCGAUAUGCGCCUGGCGGCAUACCGAUGAGGCAUCCGUGCACGGCACCGCGUACUGCGCGUGCCUAGCGGGCGCGAGCUGCACGGCGCCCGGCGAGGGGCAGGGCGCUGGGCAGGGCGCGGGGCAGGGCGCGGGGGCGGCGGAGGGGGGCGCGUGGGCGGCCGGCCUGCUCGCGCUGCUCGGCCUCGUGGCGGCGCUGCUGGGCGUGCUGUACCUGCUGCACCGCCGGAGACAUGGUGCGUUCGUGCACGCCCGCCUGGCGGACAACGUGGAGAUCAACAACCCCAUGUACCUCGCCGGGGAAGACGAGGCGAGACACAACGAUAGACAUACGCACAACAACGGAAGAAACCACUUCGCGAACCCUGUAUAUGAGAGCAUGUAUGAACCCCACCAGAACCCAGUUGAGGAGGAUGUGACGCUGCUGGAGCGCGGCGAGGGCUCCCCGCCGCCCGCGGAGGGCGCCGCGCUGCUCUGACACGCGGACGGGCACUAGCGCGCACACACGCGCACGCGCACGUGUGAACGCUACGUGGACUUAGUAUAAAUACAUCUAUGUAUUAUAUUACAUAUCCCCCCAUAUCACUACUUUAUGAAUCUCCUUGACUGGUUAUGGUUAUGGUGAUAACUAUAACAUUUUUGAAUGACUGACCUGUAAUAACUUCACAUUUCGCUUUGAAAUUCUUCUAUGUAAAAUCGUCGAUUGGCGAUGUUAUUUAAGAAUCAAUAAUAUUUAUGAGCUCUCUUGAGUGUACAAUUAAAAUACGCUAGGGACAAGUUCCUCUAUAAAUCGUAAAUAAACGGAUUAACUAUAAUAAUUAUUGUGAACGUUAACAAUGUACUCAUUAUAAAUCUACAUUAUAAAUUUUAUGAUAUCAAAUGUACACUUAUGUAAGUGUGAAUGUAAAUUAAAAUGAAUCAUAAUAUUAAUACCAUUUUAUCGUCGUGUACCAUAAUAUUUUAAUGAAUUUAAUAAAAUUUUAUAUUCCUUAUACAUAUCUGAAUCGACCAUUAUAUAUUUUAGAAUUGUAGCUCUUAAAUAACCCUUUUGGCAGCUCAUAGUAUAGAUAUUAAGUUAUAUUUAGUACAUGGCAUAAUAGUAGUUCACUAAAAUUUAUGGUUUUAUGUUCAAAAAUAGAAACACAAUCCAAUUAAUUUCCUCGAUAACUAUCGUAAGCUUAGGAGCUUAUCUAAUAGUACAAAGAUGUUAAUACCAAGAUACUCAUCAACGUGCACUAGAUUUUAACAUACAAGCUCAUUUUUGGCCAAAUUCUUGUGUGUAUUCUGUUUUCAGAAUAUUGCCAUAUCUAAUAAGCUACACUUAUUUUUUGUCCGGUGUAAUAGUGUUAGCUGCUUAAUGUUUACGAUUGAAAUAUUUUCAUGUAGUCAAUCGCCACUAGAUUUAAGUUUCUAUCCAUUUGGUAAGUACAAAAAGGGAUGUUUCCCAGGCCUAUACACAACUCAAAUUUGUUUGUAGACGAAAACAGUACAAUUAGUGUUAGGUGUAUAUUUUUCAUAAACGUGUCAUUUAUCAAGUGAUUAGAAUCUCGUGAUUAUUAAAUCGAUCUCAGGACCCUGGACAGAUUUUUAGUUAUCUUAGAAUUAGUCUCACGAACAAAGCUGUGUACUUUUAGUGUGUGCCAUAGAGUAACUAUAUAUUUCGUUUAUCGGUUGUUCUUGACUAUGUAAGGUAUUGGCUCUGUUACAUUGUUUUAGCUUCAACUCAAACUAAAGCAUACAUUCUUACUCGGAUCUGGAAAUUCAUAUAAUGAAAAAAGUUUAAACAGUCGCAGGGCCUUUGUCUUGGCAGCUAUUUUUGUUUGCUAUAAUUUCAUAAAUAAAAAUUUUAAUUGCUUGUACAAGAGAAUAGAAUGAAAUGCUCUUUAUUUACAAAUUUUUAGGACUAGGUUAGGAUAAAAAAAUAAUUCGUGAUGUCUCCAUUUUCAUUUGUGAAAAGAAAAAAAAUAAAAGCGUUUACUUUGUUGUGAAUAUGCACAAAUUCAAUCGAGCUCAAAUUUUGUGAAGAUUUUACUGUAAAUUGGAGCUUGUCUAACACAAUACAGUAGAGCUAUAGAUAAAAUAUAUAGUUGUAAGUGACGGUGAUGCCCCAAUGUGACUGCAAACGACAGCUAAUGGAUUAAUGAUAAACAAAUAGAUCUAGUGAAAUAAAUGAAUUACAUGUGA